UGCCUUAACUUGACAACCAGCGGAAGUAAAACAAAACAGUCAAACAGCUAGCGUUGACUUAGCUAGUGCUAGGUUGUGUUUUCAUAUCUCAGCUGAAUAUUUCUGUAAAAAUGUCUUCAGUUCAGCAUCUGAGAGAGUUUAUCAGAGAGCGACUAACUGCUGCCGCUGAGGAAAUCUUCACAGAGGUUGAAAAAACAAUCAUUCGCUACGAGGAAGAAAACAGACUGAUGGAAAACUGCUGGAAACCCCAGGAAAAGCUGCAGAGAAUCGGAAUCCAAAAGCCACAUAUCUUCAACGAGGAGGAAACUAUAGCCAUUCAGCUGUUUCGUAACCAGCGCAAAAGGUCCAAUAAGGACCAGGAUGAAGCAGUACCUCAGUGGACUGAAGAGGAUUGCAAGGAACCAGAAAAUCCAUAUUCACAUAUUAAAAAACAGGGGGAACCAGGACCUCCAUGGAUUAAAGAGGAAGAAGAACAUCAAGAGUCUUCACUGAUCAAAGAAGAAAAAGAUGAACCUGAGUUUUCAUGGGCUGAAGUGGAACAUCAGGAACAGGAUGUGUUAUUGAAGGAAAAACAGAAUGAAUCAGGACCUCCAUGUUAUCAAGAAGAGGAAGAGCCAGCAUCCCCGCUACUUGACAUUAAGAAGGAACCAGAUUAUUCACUACCUAAAUAUGAACAGUGGCUACCAGAGCAUACACUGUCUACACAGUACCAGGAAGACCUAAACAGCAGACAGAAGGAAAAGCAGCUUUUCCAGAAGCAGUCAAUCACUUUUAUGGAGACCUUUAAUAUUCAGGAAGUUGAUUUGAGUGAAAGAGAACCAAGAACUGAUCAGCAUUCCAUUGAUAUCUUUUCUGCAGCUGAGACUAAAGAAUGGGAAGAACGCAGCUCCACUACGUCAGAGAGUCAGCCUCAAACUGACAUGGAGAAAAUGCCUUUAAAAUGUGACAUUUGUGGGAGAUUCUUUAGGAAUAAGUCUACCAUGAAACAGCAUUACAUAAACCACACAGGUGACAAACCUUUUUCAUGCGAGACGUGUGGAAAAGGUUUCUCCAGGAUUAGAAACUUAAAUGACCACAUUAGAACCCACACGGGUGAAAAAACCUUUCCCAUGUAACGUUUGUGGAAAAAACUUCUCUCAGAUUGGUAGUUUACGGAUUCACAUUAGAACCCACACAGGUGAGAAACCUUUUACAUGCCAGACAUGUGGAAAAGGUUUCUCCCUGAUUAGAAACUUAAAUG